AUCUCGGCGCGGCGUGUACUUCGUAGGUCCAUCAUGACCGCCACCAGCUCUCUGGGCGACAAAUUAUCAUCCAUCACAAAAGGAUUUCUCAGUGGAACAGAAGAUGAAUUCUGGACAAGCGAGUAUGGCCGAGUCUCUGCCCGGUACAACAGCGCAUACACAACGAUGAACUCAACACUCCGAGAAGCCAAAUUCGAGUACUUCUUCCUGGGCCGAGAAACCUUUUAUCCGCUUGAUAAACGUCUUUCAAGAUCCGUCGAGGCACUCUCCCAAGCCAUAGGAGGACUGCGAAGUGCACUCGAAAACCAAUUCACUUUACUCAGGGAGGUCCCCAACCUGGAAGAUACCUUCCCUUCACCGAAGCCUACAGGGAUAACAUCCACCUUGACACGAGCCCUUUCUGCAUAUAUUGAUGGUGGAGGUCAAACAUUGUCUGACAUCGAUGAAUCUGGAGAGAGCGAGGAAGAACGGCUGGCGGCGAGAAACAAAUCGGAUACCGCUCUUGACACAGCCCCCGCUUUCCAGGAGCCUUCCGACAUCUUUGCCCUCUUCAUCAAUAUGCUUGGCCCGUCAAUCAAGUCGCUGGCUCAUACGCUAUCAGAAAUCCUGCGUGAGCCUGCAUUUGGACAGGAUCCGAACAAAGAUAUCGCGGUGAACGAACAAUUGAGGGAGAGCCUUCGCGAUGCUCUGAAUCUUUACAAUAAUGCAAGGUCGGAGUCGUUACAGGAGCUUUACCGUACCAUUCAGAUCGGACGUGCUAGAUCUGAGAAGAUCCAAGCGGAUAUAGAAGAAGUUGCUGCAGCCUGUGGGCAUUUCUCCUUCAGUUUACAAGCUGUAGCUGAAGAGACUGAUGCAUAUUUGGAUGUACUAGAGGACAUCAGGUACACGACUGAGACGGCCCCACGCUCAUGGAGUUGGCUCAAAUUUUGGAGGUACUUCAGCCGGACUGGACCUUCAGACAAAGACAGGGUUGAAGAUCCGGAACGUGAGAGCUUGAUACAAAGACCACCUGUGCCGAGAUUGCGGAAAUCUCAAAUGCCCAAAGGUAUUCCAGAUACAAUGGUCGCACGCCGAGAUACCUUCAACUGGGAUGCUGCCCCACAAUCCAGCAGAGUCAAAAGAAGAGUCGCUCAGAAAAUGCUCAAGAUUUCUCGAUUCAUUGUGAGAGAGGACAUACUUUUUGGUAUCAAAGUUGGCAUUGGUGCUCUUCUCUGGGCCAUGCUUGCUUUCAUACCAAGCACAAGACCUAUUUACCAGACAUGGAGAGGUGAAUGGGGCCUCCUUUCCUUCAUGAUCGUGGCGGCCAUGACAACUGGCUCAGCGAAUACGACUGGAACGGCCAGAUUCAAGGGUACCCUCAUUGGUGCAGCCUUUGCUGUGGUGUGCUGGACUGUCAGCCAAGGUAAUGGCAUUGCCCUGGUGUUUUUGGGUGGCCUUGUAGCUUUGUUCAACUUCUACGUAAUUCUGGUCAUCAAAAAGGCUCCGCUGGGUAGAAUUGCUUUGUUAGCAUACAACGUGAGCACCCUUUACGCCUACAGCAUCUCGCAAGAUGUUGACGAUGACGACGAUGACGAGGGAGGGUCCAACCCCCUGAUUUUGGACAUUGCCUGGCAUCGAGUUGUUGCGGUCACUCUAGGCAUCCUAUGGGGUAUUGUUGUUUGCCGAGUCCUCUGGCCGAUUUCUGGUCGAAAGAAGUUCCGCGAAGGACUUUCUGUCUUGUAUCUCCAGAUGGGUCUCAUAUGGAAGCGUGGCCCUCUUACUGUGUCGCUCACUAAGGAUAGCACACAUAAUAACACGCUUGACUACAUGCGUGAGGGCGAACAGGCGGCUCUUCAACGAUAUGCCUUUAAACUUGCGAGCCUGCGAACGGCUGCGAAGUCUGAAUUUGAGCUUCGCGGUCCAUUCCCAGACGCAGCAUAUGGGCGCAUUAUGCGUUCCACCAAAAACAUGCUUAAUGGUUUCUAUGCGAUGCGUCUCAUCACAUCAAAACGCAAUCAAUUAACAGAAGGCGAGCGGGCAUUGUUAGAGUACACAAGCACUGAGAGAGCUCUCCUUUGUCAGCGCAUAUGUCACGUCUUUCAAGUUAUCGCUUCGUGCCUUAUGCUAGAAUACCCCUUGACCGAUGCCAUCCCUACGGUUGAGAACAACAAGGAUCGACUCUUGGGGAAAAUCUACCAAUUCCGCAAGGAGCACAUGAGUACGGAUCUUUUGGGCAACGAGCCCCCUCUGGUUGUUCAAGAGAGUGAUUAUGCUUUGCUGUACGCAUACACACUCGUUACGCUACAAGUGGCAGCUGAAUUAAACAAGGUGAGGGCCGAGAUUGAAGCCCUGUAUGGAGUUCUACACGAGGAAGCUCUGCUGCUGCAGUAGAGGAGGAAGGCUUGUUAAAGAGGAGGUAAAUGGGCCUUUGCAUACUUAGCUAUUCAUGAUACCAGACUUCUAUGUUCAUCGCGUGGUGAGUUGGUACGUUUUCAGUGCCCUGUGUAUUCUUGUGCAUAGGUAAAUAAAAACUAGCAUUUUAUGAUAUGAGGUU